AUGAAGAAGUUUAAUUUCCGAAAAGUUUUGGAUGGCUUAACUGCCUCCUCCCCUGGCAGUGGUAGCAGCAGUGGCAGUAACAGCGGUGGUGGGGCUGGAAGUGGUUCCCUGCAUCCAGGAGGGACUGCAGGGAUUCCUAGAGAAGAGAUUCAGGAAACCCUGACUUCAGAGUAUUUCCAGAUUUGCAAGACAGUUCGGCAUGGUUUUCCUUAUCAGCCCACAACAUUAGCCUUUGAUCCAGUUCAGAAAAUCUUGGCUAUUGGAACGAGAACAGGUGCUAUACGAAUACUCGGGAGACCUGGUGUUGAUUGUUAUUGCCAACAUGAAAGUGGUGCAGCUGUCCUGCAGCUCCAGUUCUUGGUCAAUGAGGGUGCUUUGGUCAGUGCUAGUUCAGAUGAUACACUUCAUUUGUGGAACCUUAGACAAAAAAGGCCAGCUAUUCUUCAUUCUCUUAAAUUUAACCGAGAACGAAUUACUUACUGUCAUCUACCUUUCCAGAGUAAAUGGCUCUAUGUUGGAACAGAAAGAGGAAAUACACAUAUUGUAAAUAUUGAAUCUUUCAUUCUUUCUGGAUAUGUUAUCAUGUGGAACAAGGCAAUUGAACUAUCCACCAAGACUCAUCCAGGUCCAGUUGUACAUUUAAGUGAUAGCCCAAGAGAUGAAGGGAAACUGCUAAUAGGUUAUGAAAAUGGUACUGUAGUAUUCUGGGACUUGAAAUCUAAAAGAGCAGAACUGAGACUUUAUUAUGAUGAGGCUAUUCAUUCAAUUGAUUGGCAUCAUGAAGGCAAACAAUUCAUGUGCAGCCAUUCAGAUGGUAGCUUGACUUUGUGGAACCUGAAAAGCCCAAGUCGCCCUUUCCAGACCACUAUUCCACAUGGAAAAAGUCAAAGAGAAGGAAGAAAAUCAGAAUCUUGUAAACCAAUUCUUAAAGUAGAAUACAAGACCUGUAGAAACAGUGAACCAUUCAUAAUAUUCUCUGGUGGGCUGUCCUAUGACAAAGCUUGCAGAAGACCAAGUUUAACCAUCAUGCAUGGAAAAGCAAUUACAGUACUUGAAAUGGAUCAUCCUAUUGUUGAAUUUCUAACUUUAUGCGAAACCCCCUAUCCAAAUGAAUUUCAAGAACCCUAUGCUGUUGUAGUACUUCUGGAGAAAGAUCUCAUUGUAGUUGAUCUGACACAAAGCAAUUUUCCAAUAUUUGAAAAUCCAUAUCCCAUGGACAUUCAUGAAUCUCCAGUUACAUGCACUGCAUACUUUGCUGAUUGCCCUCCUGAUUUGAUUCUAGUACUCUAUUCUAUAGGAGUCAAGCAUAAAAAGCAAGGAUACAGUAAUAAGGAGUGGCCAAUCAGUGGAGGAGCUUGGAACCUUGGAGCACAAACAUAUCCAGAAAUUAUUAUUACUGGUCAUGCAGAUGGAUCAGUAAAAUUUUGGGAUGCUUCUGCAAUAACUCUGCAGAUGCUGUACAAGCUAAAAACUUCAAAAGUAUUUGAAAAACAGAAGACAGGAGAAGGAAAACAAACAUGUGAAAUUGUAGAGGAAGAUCCAUUUGCCAUUCAGAUGAUUUACUGGUGUCCAGAGAGCAGAAUAUUUUGUGUAUCAGGAGUCUCUGCAUAUGUAAUAAUUUAUAAAUUCAGCAGACAUGAAAUUACCACAGAAAUAGUGUCAUUGGACGUACGACUUCAGUAUGAUGUUGAAGAUAUUAUUACCCCUGAACCAGAAACAAGCCCUCCGUUUCCAGAUCUUUCAUCCCAGCUUCCUUCAAGGAGUCUUUCCGGGAGCACUAACACUGUGGCUAGUGAAGGAGUAACAAAGGACAGUAUCCCAUGCCUCAACAUUAAGACACGACCAGUGCGGAUGCCUCCUGGGUAUCAAGCAGAACUUGUUAUUCAGUUGGUAUGGGUAGAUGGUGAACCUCCCCAGCAGAUUACUAGUCUUGCUGUAAGCUCAGCAUAUGGAAUAGUUGCAUUUGGGAACUGCAAUGGGUUGGCUGUGGUGGAUUUUAUACAGAAGACAGUACUGUUAAGCAUGGGGACCAUUGACCUAUAUAGAUCAAGUGACCUAUACCAGCGACAACCACGGUCUCCUCGAAAAAACAAGCAGUUUAUUACAGACAACUUUUGCAUGCGUGGGCUGUCUAACUUUUAUCCUGAUUUAACGAAACGGAUCCGUACUUCCUAUCAGAGUUUAACUGAGCUGAAUGACAAUCCAGUUCCCCCAGAACUUGAGCGCUGCAAAUCUCCCACUUCAGACCAUGUAAAUGGACACUGCACAAGUCCAACUUCUCAGAGUUGCAGUUCUGGGAAACGUCUUUCUAGUGCUGAUGUGUCGAAAGUAAAUCGCUGGGGUCCUGGAAGACCUCCAUUUCGAAAGGCACAGUCAGCCGCUUGCAUGGAGAUUUCUUUACCGGUUACAACAGAAGAAAACCGAGAAAAUUCCUAUAAUCGUUCUAGAAGCUCUAGCAUCUCCAGUAUUGACAAAGAUUCUAAAGAAGCAAUUACAGCACUAUACUUCAUGGAAUCCUUUGCACGGAAAAAUGACUCUACCAUCUCCCCUUGUCUGUUUGUUGGAACUAGUCUGGGAAUGGUGUUAAUCAUCUCCUUAAACCUACCACUGGCAGAUGAACAAAGAUUUACAGAGCCAGUCAUGGUAUUGCCAAGUGGUACAUUCCUCUCACUGAAAGGAGCUGUACUAACGUUCUCCUGUAUGGACCGAACUGGCGGAUUAAUACAACCGCCAUAUGAAGUUUGGAGGGAUCCAAACAACAUAGAUGAAAAUGAAAAAUAUUGGAGAAGGAAACUGGUCAUGAACUCCUCCUCUGCAUCCCAAGAAAUAGGAGAUCAUCAGUAUACAAUAAUCUGCUCAGAAAAACAAGCCAAAGUCUUCUCGCUGCCUUCUCAGACUUGCCUUUAUGUUCAUAACAUCACCGAGACAUCUUUUAUACUGCAAGCAGAUGUGGUGGUCAUGUGUAACAGUGCCUGCCUGGCAUGCUUUUGUGCUAAUGGGCACAUCAUGAUAAUGAGCCUACCUAGUCUUCGCCCAAUGUUGGAUGUUAAUUAUUUGCCACUGACAGACAUGAGGAUAGCACGGACAUUUUGUUUUACCAAUGAAGGACAGGCAUUAUACCUUGUCUCUCCUACUGAAAUUCAGCGAUUAACAUACAGCCAAGAAAUGUGUGAUAAUCUACAGGACAUGCUGGGAGAUUUGUUUACUCCCAUAGAGACUCCAGAAGCUCAAAAUAGAGGUUUUCUCAAGGGACUAUUUGGUGGAAGUGGACAAACAUUUGACAGAGAAGAGCUCUUUGGGGAAGCUUCGGCAGGAAAAGCAUCCCGAAGCCUUGCACAGCACAUUCCUGGACCAGGUGGUAUAGAAGGAAUGAAAGGUGCUGCUGGAGGGGUGAUGGGAGAGCUGACCCGUGCACGGAUCGCACUUGACGAGAGAGGACAGAGGCUAGGAGAGCUGGAAGAGAAAACUGCAGGCAUGAUGACCAGUGCGGAAGCAUUUUCCAAACAUGCACAUGAGUUAAUGCUGAAAUACAAGGAUAAGAAAUGGUACCAAUUCUAAACUGUUAAGGAAGCUGUGACUGCUUUGAGAAACCAUUAUUCAGGGAAACCAAAUUUAUUCCCAGCAUCACUAUUCAACUGCUAGAAGCCAGUUUCUUCUACAAAAUGUUUCAUUAUAGUCCAUCUGAAGUUAUCAUAAAGGAGACUUACCAGAGAUGCUGUACAACCGAAAGGCUGGAACCCUGGUUAAAAUCCCAAGAUAUGGCUGAUUUUGCCUUUUCCCAUGUGGAAUGGAGCUGUCAUCUUGGCAUGUCAUUUGCUAAGGAUUUACAUUUAGGAACUAUGGGGAGUCCUUUUGAUUUGAAAAUUCCUGUACAAACAAAGGCAUUAAUGCACUUAAUGAAAAAAAAAUCUUUGCAUGAUAAAUUAACAUCUUAAGAGGAAAAGGAAAAAAAGCAUGUCAUGACAGAAGAAAAAAAGUUUUAUGGUAUUUUAUUUUUAUAAAUUGGGCCACACCCAACAAUUUAAAAAACCUGCAUUAGAAGAUAUCAGUGUACCCAACUAAAAAAGGAAAACAAAAUAGAACAAAAACCCAUAGUUUUCUUCUCAUCUGUAACUUUUAUUAUACUAGGACAUUAUUGAAUUCUUAUGGCAAGAGUCUGAUUAACAUUCUUCUCUCUCCAUGAUAUUAUACAUCAUUUACAGUUCUCAGUCAUAAUCAAGUAUUGCCAGUAUAGUAAGUUAUUCCCAACACAAUUAUCUUCAUUUCUAUUUCCUUCGGAAAGGAUUGCUAUUUUUAGUCACACACCAUGCAGGAUUGGAUCACCUUGAAGUACUUUUUUCAGCCUGGCUUGUACUCUGAAGGGGAGUUGACCAUAGGUUUGGGGAAACUAUACUACAGGAACAAUGCAGUUAGCUUUGAGAACUGACUUCAUAAAAAGUGAUAUGACAUACACUCUAAUUUCGGUUUCUAAAGUAAUAUAUUUUUAAAGCUCCAUUUGUAUCCUUGUCUGCCAAUUACACAGUAUAUUACUGUUCAAACCCAGUGGGGUCUACAAUCCAAAGGUGCUCUUGCAGCCUGACUUUCAUAGACCAAACUGGUCAUUCUCUUUAGUAAGAUUCAGUAAAACCUCAGUUAAUGUUUUAGGAAAGAGAUUCUGAUUUAUUACAUUUCUGAUUAACAAGGGCUUUCAUUAGAAAAUACUUUUUGGUUCAAUACUUAUUUCUGGAAAUCUUUAUAAAAUGUAGUAGCAUUUUUGCUAUUUUGGCCUCAGCUAUCAUAAUGGACAAAAGAAAUAAUACAUGUUUAAUGAUACAAAAUCAAUAAUUUUGUCACUAAUUACAUCAAGUAAUAUAAGCCACAGGAUUAUGUCAAUAGAUGCCAUAUACCUAUUCCUUAUUAAAAAACUCUUUUAAUAAUGAAAUAAAUAAUAUCCUUAACAUGAUAAAAGGUAUCUGUCAUAACUCAACAGAGAAGCACUAAAGGCAAAACAAAAUAAAGACAGUUGCUAUCAUCAUUUAACAUGGUUCUGGAAGUCAGAAGUCAUAGGAACAUAUAUAUGCAUAUUCCAUGACACAUACUGUAAUAUGUUGUUCCUUCAAAAAUAAUCUGUUUUAAAGUAAUAUGGAUUUGGCUUAUUGAAUUUUGAUUAAGCCAGAUCUUACUGGAUUUCCAUUUGUGUUUCUUAAGAAUUCACCAUUGUCCUGGAGUCCAUGUUAUAUUAAUAGCUAAAAUUAGUAUUUUUGUUUUUUUAGGAUUUUUUGUUUGAAUUAGCACUUCCUUUACAAUGUUCUCAGUAAUUUUGAGAAGAGCAAAGAUGAUUGAAAGAAUCAGAAAAUAAAUACUAGGGUAGCAUUUCUCAGAAUCCUUGAAUUCUCCUGAUUUCUUUUUUAUAUUUAAAUAAAAAUAAGAUUCUCCAUGAAUGUCCCAGACUCCUAUGAACAGCCUUAGACCUGACAGAACCUGGCUUGAAAAUACAGACAUGACACAUAAAAUUAUAUAGUAAAAAUAUUACAGAAACUUGAGACCAAGAUCUGGAAAAUAUUGACAGCCGAAUUGCA